UCUGCCAUAAGUUGAUAACCAUGGAGUCUUACAAGGAAACAUACAAGUACCACAUCAAUCCUAUACCUGGCCAAGCCUUCUGGGAACAAAGUCAGUUUAACAAGCCAUUGGCACCACCAAUCAAGAGGAAGCCAGGGAAUCUUCAAACAAAGAGGAGGAAGGACUCAGAUGAAGUCUCAAGUUCUAGCAAGAAAUCUAAGCCAGUAACAGCCUUGAAAAGACAGCUUCGGCCUUUCACAUGUAAGUACUGCUUGCAAAAGGGUCACACCAAGAGAGGAUGUGAAAAGAAAAGAGCAGCUGAUGCUGCUCAAGCUGCAGCUGAUGCUGCGGCUGCUGCAAAGGCAGCAGAGGCUGCUAAAGACCCUAAAAAUGCUAGUGCACAAGCAACUACAACUGCCCAGGCCACCACAACUGACACUGCAUCUGCCUCUGCAUCUGCCAGUGCCACUGCAACUGCUACUCCAAAUGCAACUACUACUGCUACAGCUACGGCUAAUGCUAAUAUUACCAUCAAUUCUGCUCCUAUUGGUCAAGCAUCAGAAAUUGAUCUGUCACAGCCAAUUUGUUCUGAACCAGAAGACUCUCAAAAGUUCACUGAAGUAACCGGAGAACCAGCCACAAGACCUGCCAAAUUGCCUACUAGAAGAAGGUCACCUCCAACAACCCCUUCUACAGCACUGGACCCAAUGAAGGGUGCGAGUUCUGCCACUGCUUCACGAUUCACAAAUUUUCUGAAAUACAGUGACUGCGCUCACUCUAAACAAUGGUUCAUUUUGUUGAUUACUAAUCAAUUGGGGCAACCAAAGAAGGGCUUGUUAGGAUGCGACUCCGUCCCAGACCACCUUAGCACCGGGCGACAACCACAGCCGCACCAGUCCGGAACCCGUCCAUGCCUGCUUCACGUCGUGCUUCUUCUCCAGUUCUCCGUCGACGAUGACCGGUUGGAACUUCCUGCAACAUGGCUCCCACUUCCUCUCAUGGGGGACAGCUAUCGGUGUACAGAAGAGAUGCAGAAGAAGACGUUGAUGGAGAGAACCUCAAUGGGAAGGCCAACGAAAUUUUAG